AUGCCACCUAGUAAUCCUUUGCCACCCAAAGAAAAUGCGCUUUUUAAAAGAAUUUUGCGUUGUUACGAACAUAAACAAUAUAAAAAUGGGCUCAAGUUUGCGAAGCAGAUACUCUCUAAUCCAAAAUUUGCUGAACAUGGAGAAACAUUGGCUAUGAAGGGAUUAACACUCAAUUGUCUUGGUCGUAAGGAAGAAGCUUAUGAAUAUGUACGUAGAGGUCUCCGCAAUGAUCUAAAGUCUCCUGUUUGUUGGCACGUCUAUGGUUUGCUGCAACGGUCAGACAAGAAGUAUGAUGAAGCCAUCAAAUGUUAUCGCAAUGCACUCAAGUGGGAAAAAGAGAACAUUCAGAUUUUGCGUGACUUGUCAUUGUUACAAAUUCAGAUGCGUGAUUUAGAAGGGUAUAAAGAUACUCGUUAUCAGCUAUUCAUGCUGAGGCCCACACAAAGAGCAUCAUGGAUUGGUUUUGCUAUGAGUUACCACCUUCUCGGUGACUAUGAGAUGGCUAAUAGCAUCUUGGAUGCUUUCCGAACUAAUCAGAUGAAGGGACCACAUGAUUAUGAGCAUUCAGAAUUGCUUCUGUACCAAAAUAUGGUGUUAGCAGAAUCAGGACAAUAUGAUAGAGCUCUUCAGCAUUUAAAUAAAUUUUCAAGUCAAAUUCUUGAUAAAUUAUCUAUUAAAGAAACAUCUGGUGAAUACUAUCUGAAAUUGAUGAGGUUUAGAGAUGCAGAAAACGUUUAUGAGGGUUUAUUAAAGAGAAAUCCUGAAAAUGUAAUGUAUUACCAGAAACUUAUGGAAGCUAAACGAUUUAGUAAUCCUGAUCAAAAAGUGGCUUUCUUUGAUGUAUAUAAAAAAGAAUACCCUAAAGCAAUUGCACCUAGGCGCCUGCAAUUGACUGAGGCGCACGCGCAGCCCGUAUUCGAGCGACUAGUGGACGAGUAUCUACGACACGGACUGCAUAAAGGAAUACCGCCACUCUUUGUUGAUCUGAGAUCAUUAUAUUCGGAUCAAAUUAAAGCGGACACAAUAGAAAAAUUAAUACUACAAUAUAUAGAGAAUUUAACGAGUAAGGGAACAUUUAGUGCCGACCCCAACGAAGAAAAACAACCGGCGAGCGCUUUACUAUGGGCGUAUUACUAUGCAGCUCAACACUUCGACUACAAAAAACAAACAGAUGUAGCACUCCGUUAUAUUGAUGCAGCGAUAGAACACACACCUACGCUUAUUGAAUUGUUCAUUGUGAAAGGAAGGAUAUAUAAGCACGCUGGCGAUCCCGUGUCGGCGUAUCAAUGGUUAGAGGAAGCUCAGGCCAUGGACACGGCCGACCGUUACGUGAAUAGCAAGUGCGCACGGUAUAUGCUGCGUGCUGGACACGUGAAGCGUGCCGAGGAGAUGUGCGCCAAGUUCACCAGAGAAGGAGUACCAGCUACAGAAAACCUGAACGAAAUGCAGUGCAUGUGGUUCCAGACAGAAGCUGCGGCUGCCUACCAGCGCUCGCAGCAGUGGGGCGAUGCAUUGAAGAAAGCUCACGAAGUUGACAGGCAUUUCUCAGAGAUAAUGGAGGAUCAGUUCGACUUUCACUCGUACUGCAUGCGCAAGAUGACGCUGCGCUCGUACGUGGGGCUGCUGCGGCUGGAGGACGUGCUGCGCGCGCACCCCUUCUACUUCCGCUGCGCGCGCGUGGCCAUCCGCGUGUACCUGCGCCUCGACGCCUGCCCGCUGCAGGACGCGCCGCAGACCGCCGAGCCCGACACAGGUCAGAGCCUUUGCCUAUCUCUCUUCACACCUCUUACACACCAAUACGACUAUGGUACUUGA